GGUCCCCUGGCCAGCAAGCCUCCACAUGAACACAAAAUACAGUCUCAGAGUUACCCAAUUGGUGACAUACGAAAUUGUCCAACUACCAACUCACGAGAUUCCAGCUCUCAACUUCAAACUAUAAAUGUUAUACCAGUUGGAUUUGAUAAUCUUCGUAAUUUGGAUGUUGGACAAGUUUAUAAUGUAAGUUUUUCCACAUGUCAGAUAACUGGUGAUGGUAUGUACAUUUUGCCUAAUGACAUGUACUUGGUACCAGUACUCAAUAGCGAAAUCGAUUAUUCUGCUAAGUUGACUAACCAUUUUCAGCAAUGGAAGUCAAGUACUUCGUCUUCUAUCAAUGCUGAAGCAGGAGGCUUCUUCUCGGUAUUAAGUGGAAAAUUUUCAAGUGAAUAUGUAGACACAAAAGUGAAAAUGGUGAACAAUGCUAAUCUUCAUCCAUCAUUUAAGUCUCAAAUUUUGGACAUUGCAGUUAACAUACAAAAUAACAACACUGAAAGGGCCAGGUAUCUAAGUCAAUUGUUAGUACGUGAUUUUGGUACUCAUGUUAUUACAAGUGUACUAGCUGGAGCUUCACUUGAGCUAAAUCUUUUUGUUUCAAAGGAUUUCAUGAAAAAUAAUGCAAGUUCAGAGCUGACCAUUUCAGCUUCAGCAAGAGCUCAAUUCAGCACUAAAGUAUUUGGUUCCGUAAGUGCAAAUUAUUCGUUUUCAUCCAAGUAUAAUCAAGAAGAAAGUUUCAGUGAAAAUAUAACACAUUCCCAUGUUACUACUCAUGGUGGUCCACCUUUUAAGUUAAGCAGCACUUCAUCUUAUAGUGACUGGGAAAAAGCAAUAGCGGGUAACAAUUUAGCAGCUAUUGAUCGCAGAGAUGCAGUUAUCACCUACUAUAAGACAAACACUCAUAGUGGUUGCAUAGAUCCUUUAUCACCCAAUUUUGAUUUUCAGGCAAAUGUUGAAGAUAAUUCUUGUGAGAUUUAUGUUACUAAUUAUGCAACCUAUAAUGCCUACUGGUGUGCUUUCCCACCAAAUGAAACUGUACCAUCUGGUUCUGGCUACUUAUUUGGGGGUGUCUAUACUUCUAGGGAACAAAAUCCAAUUACUAAUUCACGACAUUGUCCAACCUUUUAUUACCCACUUCGAUUAGGCACAGAUAUUAACAUAUGUGUGAGCAAUGAUAUAGGAGGCUCAGAACACAGUGUACCAUUUGGAGGAUUUGACAGUUGUAAAACUGGAAAUGCUUUAGCAGCUUCACCUAACGAGUUUAAUGAGGGAAAGUAUCCUCAUCAAUGUCCCAGUGGAUACAGUCAUUUUUUUGUUACUGUAGAUCGUGGAUGUAGUAUUAAUUACU